GCCACCCGUCCAACAAUGGACAUAGCUCAGCGAAAAAUUGAUUUUCACCGGCUUGUCCGAGAUGCUCCGAUGAUAACUCAUAUCUGCUUCGAUGCCUGUUCCAAAACCGUCAAAAUCGUCUACUCGUCAUCAGUACCGCUGUCACACACUACUCUAGAGUGUACAAGAAUUCUUUCAAAGCAAAGUGAAGACAGAAUAUACUGCAUUCAAGUUCAGUAUCCCGAUUUCCCGCUGAUUCUGAAUUUUUUCGGUGAAAAUUGCCCAUUGCUCAAAGGAACGACCGUCGAUUUUGUAGUAACCGCCAGUCAAAAUGCAGAAAUCGAAGAAGUUAUUCGGAAGGUUCUGGAUGUGGAACUCCGACAUGUUGAUGCAUUCAAUGGACUUGUCAACGGAACCUCGUUCCUCCUUAGAAACAUUGAAGCCGAAUGCUUCACCUACUCAUUUGAUGAAUCUCAAGAAUACGAAUUUCAAACGCUUAACAAUGACUCAAUGUUUCCAUAUCUUCUAAUUAAUAUUCGAACAGGAGUGUCAGUUGUACUUGUUGAAGGUGAAAAUCAAUUCAAAAGACUAGGAGGAAGCUCGAUUGGAGGCGGAAGUUUCUUGGGGCUCACCGAGCUCAUCACAGGAGUUAGUGAUAUCGAGGAAAUGAUGGAUCGUGCUCUACAAGGCAGUCCUGACGAGUUUGAUAUUUUCAUCAGAGACAUUUAUGGAGAUCGCGCUUCAAAUUUCAAUAUGGAUCCCCAUCUUCUUGCCGCAUCUUUUGGACGGGUCACCCGUGGAGAAACCGUACGGAGGGCUGAAAAUUUUGAUGAACAAUCAAAAAACAAUGCAAUUCUCAGUCUUCUCAGAAUGAUUCUUUACAACGUAUCACAGCUUGCCUACAUGCUGUCGGAGAUUUCAAAUGUUAAACGUGUGUUCUUCAACGGAUUUUUAGUAAGAAACCGCCCGAUUGUCAUGAAAACUCUUUCAUUUGCAUGCAACUACUGGUCGAGUGGCAAACUUCGAGCCUAUUUUCUCCGCCAUGAAAACUAUACCACUGGCUUAGGUGCUUUCUUGGAAAAUUUUCCGAACGCAGAUUUAUAUUGGAAGGAAUACUGCUCAGGAUCCACUGCUCUUGGCCGAUUUGUGCCUGUUGAGCCUCUUGAAACCGGCUUCAAAACUCAGACGUUUGCAUUGAGAUGUACAGGAUUCAAAGCUGCGCCGUUUGCAUUGUUGGUAGAUCAGGAUGGAAAACCAGACACGAUUGAUUUUAAUAAGGACGAAGAAGCGCGAAAUUUCUGGAUUGAAAUUCUCGAUAAAACAAUAAACGACAUUACCAAAUUUGCAAUUGCCUCACAGGAAAACUGCUCAAACAAGGAAGAUUUAACAAAUCGAGCGGAAGAUUUUCAAUCAGAUUUUGUAAAAACUAUGGAUAUAAUUAAAGAACACCAUGUAGCAUAUGGAAAUUCAAACGCGAGAAACAUGCUAGAAGUUCGCGAACAAAUCUUGCAGGAAAAAGGAUUUGAUGAUAUUUACGUGCAGAAGAAACACGCUGAAAACUGCACAGCAAUUGCAGAAUUGCCACGUGUUUUAGCAAAAAUUGAUGAGCUGAAGAAUACUGGAGAUGAAAAAACCGUAUUGGAAUACGUCUCCCGUGGGUUACUAGCUGGAAAUGUAUUCGAUUGGGGAGCAAAAGAAGUUGUCAAAAUGAUGAACAGCGAGUCGGGUUUAACAUUUCAAACAGCCAUCGACCACGUUGAAAAUCGCCCUUGGCUGUUUGACGGAUUUGAUUCUUUCUACAAAAAGCACAAGGAAUAUAAAUCCGUAUUAAUAUUUGUGGACAACUCUGGAUUUGACUACAUCUUGGGAAUCAUUCCAUUUGCUAGAGAACUUUUGAGAAAUGGAUCAAGAGUUAUAAUUUGUGCCAACACGUCUCCUGCUCUAAACGAUCUCACUUAUCGAGAAAUGGUGGAGUUGGCUCCAGAAUUAAAAAAUGCUGAUUCAGAUCUAGCAAAGUUUAUUGACAGUAACCAAAUGAUGUUUGUGCAGACUGGACAAGAAUCGCCGUGCAUGGAUGCAAGACGAGUUCAUCAAGAUCUAAACGAGACAGUGAAAAAAUUCAACACGGAUUUGGUAGUAAUAGAGGGGAUGGGUCGCGCUCUUCAUACAAAUUUUAAUGUGCAGUUUAAGUGUGACUCAUUGAAGGCCGCUGUAAUUAAAACCCAAUGGCUUGCGGAUCGUCUUGGAGGAAAAAUGUUCAGUGUUGUAUUCAAACACGAACAUGGAGUGAGUGUGACAAACUAAUAUCCCAUGUGUCAUUCUCAACAAACGGUGAUAUAUUCAAGAGCGUGUGAUUCGUGAUUCUUAACUCUUUCUCAUAUCGACAACUCUUUCAAUUUUCAUAUUUGUGCAUUUCGAAAACAAUUUGUAUUUCUGUCUCCUGUGUGUACUUCAGUUUUUAUAUACUUUCCUCAAAAUUAUGCUUUAAACAUUUUUGAAAUUCAUUAUUUUAAUUAUGGCCAAUGAAUCAUCAGAUAAAAACUG